AUGACACCGCCGCCAAGCAAGCGCCUCAGGCGACUUGCGUCAAGUGGCCGUGACCAAGGAAGCAGUCGCGUUGCGGUCUCGGCCUCUGACUCUUCGACUCUCUCAAAUCCUUACGGUUUGGAGCUGGAUUCAAAGGAAGAGGACGGAUUGGUAGGAUCCUCGUUCUACAAUCAUCCUACUAUUUACGAGUUUGAUCGGAUACUUUCGGCAGCGCCCAUAACACCGGCUACUUUUACGGUGAAUUCCUUGCCAUACCUGAUCGAGACCGGCAAUACUCUAGGAUCCGGUUCUGAAGGCAGGUCUAAAGCACCAAGUGAUUCAGUUCCGGACGUCUUCGAGACCGCGGCUUCAGCUGCUAUCUGUCUGCCGGUUCUACCAAGCCAACCGCUGGAGAUAGCCGAUCAUCCUGAAGAACAGAACAGAGCGAUGUCACAGUCUAAAUCCUUUGUCUCUUCAGCCAGAAUUUCUUCCGCGAAUGUCACGUCGCUGAGACCUCUCGCAAGUUCGCCUCCUUCCUCUACAGGUGGGAGCACUGUCACAGGCGAUACGCUUAGCUCUCGGCCCACACUCGUUUCCGCUUCUGGCAGAACUUCCGGAAGUGGUUCUCGAUCGGACUCGGUUCCCAUACCGCAAGGAGGGUUACGAGUGCCAGAUCUGGUUGUUGAUCUUGCAAAUCCGCCCCCCGUGCCUCGGGAGUGGCAAAACAAGUGCAUCAGGAUCAUUCGCAAGGGGGUUGAGCCUGUAGAUGUGAGGUAUGAAUCGAGAUCCCAGUUCAAAACCACUGAUGCGUUCACCAACUUGGGGGGCAUUCUGGAAGACCCUACUUGGCAGUCUAUACAAAAGCUCUUGCCCGGAAAUGACCCAUUUUACGGGAAGUUUAAAGAGUUCUCUGCUCGUUUCGAAAACGGCCAAUACGUACGAUUCCUCAGCUCUGGCUAUGCCAGUCACCUUUACAGAGAGUUCCGCAUCUUGUUGAACUCAUACGAGAAGUACAACGAUGAGAAACCCAAAGGCUCAAAGGCGAAACCUUGGGCACGCCGACACCCAGAGAUUAACACCAUGCGGGGCUUGAUGAAGCAUUUUCUCACCAUCAGUCAAGCUUUCGAGCUGAAAACAUUCUGGGGCCUAGACCUUGCGACUUUGUCUAUUUCACUUGACAUUGAAUCGACCAAGCUUCCGUACUUCUUUACUUAUCGCUCGUCUUCGCAACCCUCGCAAGGAAAGUUCCCCCAGCAAACUAAUCCAGCAGUUCAGCUCUCUGUUCAUCACGCGAAGUCCAAAUCCCUUGCCAUCUCCAAACAGUUUCCAUGUCUUCCCAACCCUCUCAACAAUCUCUUUCAGGUAAGGGAAACGAUCGAACGUCUUAUGCUAGUAUGGCCAUGUGCUGAUUCCGGUAUCACAGUGAACUCCACCCAGGAGGGUAGUACGCGAUCGGCCCAGCCAUCUGCGCUGGACAUGCUGGCGGAUCCUGCGACGAGCAUCGAAAGGGUAACCUCGUCGGUCAACACGCUUGGGUCCCAAAUCAAUCUGAAUGCCGCCUCGGCGUCGGAUUCUUCUGCACCAGAAGGCUCCUCUGCCCAGACAGGCCCGAACGACGAUGAAAGCCCCCCCCCUUGCCGCAAUUGGAAACUCAUCAUCAGAAGCAAUCAGAAUCGAGAUAUGCCGCCUGUUGAAGCUUGGUUGACUAUGGGAACAACCCAUGCUUCUGCUGAAGAUUUCGGUAAGACAAAAGAGACUCUUCGGGCCCUCGUCCACAUCGACAAGACAUACUUGACCGCAAUGCUUCCUCGGGACGAUCCUUUCCCUGCGCGAAUCGACAAGAUCUCCGAACUCUUUGAAGUCGGGGAGCUUAUUGCAUUCCUCAGCCCUAGGCUGGUCGAAGGGGUUCAUAGAAAGUCAGAAAUGUUGCUGGAGGCUUGCGAACUACUUGAACCAGGUCAAAAUGGGGGCCAGCCGGCGAACAAGCGCCUCUAUGUGGAGCAUACAAGCUGGUUGAAUUCCUUCUACCCCAUCGCCAAACAGGCGUUUGAUCUGAAGCAGAAGUGGAAUCUGGAGAAGGCGCAACUGCAGGCUAUGGGCUCGAUCAAUUUGCCACCGAAUUGGGUCAAGUGA